AUGGAAAAAGCAAAAGAUAGAGAUCUUGGUGUCACUAUACACCAAGAUGAGAUCCCAAAAUCCAAUUUUUUUUUAUUUAUCGAAAAGUCAACCAAAGUUGCUGUUGUCCUUUGUUGUGCAAUAAUUUUCAUGACACCAUCAUUAUCCAAUUUGAUUGACAAGUAUCCAAAAGUUAUCAUCUUAGAAUGCACAAAUAUGGCAUUACAAUUAGUGACAAUUUUACUUCUGUUGGUGCUUGUUUUCUUAUUAUGGAAGAACGGACUUCUUAAAAGAAUUAAGAAAAACCCGGAAAGAUGUUCGAAGAUAAUAUGCUCCUGUUGUGCUGAUAGAAAGAAGCAUCCUACAUGGUUCCAACUAAAGUAUUUACUGCUACUCCUCGCACUGUUUGCUUUCAAUCAGUUUUCGCUCACCAAAAUUCAGAGGUUUUUCGAAGCUGACCAAACCGUUGACAUAGUUCGAUUAUCACAGCUAUUUGAAUAUCAGCUUGGUUUCGUGGUUAGUUUAGUCUUAUUCUACUUUUUUUACAGGAAGUUAACUUUACAUAGUGGAUCCGUUGAAGUGGAAUUCAAUGUCAAUGAAGCAGAGACGGUGUCUGGAAUUGCAGAGACUUUAUCGGUUUGA